AUGUCCACAGGCCAAAAUCUGAGAGCUUUGGUGGAGGAGCGUCUGACUGCGGCUGCUGAAGACAAAUGUGACUCGACUCUGAGCCCGAGAGUCGUUCUGUCCAGAGCCGGUGUCCACAUGUCCCCUCUUAGUCCUGGUCUCACUCUGAAAGAAGAAAUCCCAGAGGCUCCACAGAUUAAAGAGGAACCAGAAGAAGAGCACAUCAAACAGGAGGAAGAGGAGCUGCACAUGUCUGUCCCUGAGUCCAAUGAUGGCUGUGUGAAGACAGAAGAGUCCUCACUGCCUCAACGAAAAGAAACUGAUCACAGAGAGGACACACAGGGAGAGGACAGCAGCUCACAGACACAUGUCCACAGAGAGGACACACAGGGAGAGGACAUCAGCUCACAGACACAUGUCCACCCCGAGACUGAGGGAGAUACGGAGCACUUUUCUGACACUGACAGUGGUGAAGACUGGUGUGCUCCAAUUGACUAUUCAGCUGCACAGAUGGAGACAGAGGCGGAUGGAGACCACUACAACCAAGUCCAGAUGAGAGCCAAAAGCACCACUGCACCAAACUCAGGUCUGUCCCCCAAAUACAAGUCUGCACCAGAGACCAGAGACACUGUGGACAAUGGGGACGUGUUAGGAACAGCUGAAGGAGCUGCAAGGAAGAAACACCAGUGCUUGGUUUGUAAAACGAGAUUUGGCUUAAACAAUUUUAAAAGACACUUUAGAGUUCACAGAAGAGAGAGACCUUACAGCUGUUCAGUCUGUGACAAAGCAUUUACUAAAAAGAGUAAUCUCACAGACCACAUGAGAACACACACGGGAGACAAACCUUACAGUUGUUCUGUUUGUGAAAAAGCAUUUACUCUAAAAAGUACUCUUACAAAACAUGUGAAAACACACACAGGAGACAAACCUUACAGCUGUUCUGUCUGUGAGAAAGCAUUUACUCGAAAGAGUACUCUCAUAGACCACAUAAGAACACACACAAGAGACAAACCUUACAGUUGCUCUGUCUGUGAGAAAGCAUUUACUCUAAAGAGUACUCUCACAAAACACAUGAAAACACACACAGGAGACAAACUUUACAGCUGUUCUGUCUGUGAGAAAGCAUUUACUCGAAAGAGUACUCUCAUAGACCACAUAAGAACACACACAAGAGACAAACCUUACAGUUGCUCUGUCUGUGAGAAAGCAUUUACUCUAAAGAGUACUCUCACAGAUCACAUGAGAACACACACAGGAGACAAACCUUACAGCUGUUCUGUCUGUGAGAAAGCAUUUACUAAAAAGAGUCAUCUCACAAAACAUAUCAGAACACACAAGAGACAAACCUUACAGCUGUCCUGUCCGUAAUAAACGACUUACCCAGAGCAGCAUUCUGAUAAAACAGAAGUCACACAGCAGAGAAAUAGGUUCAACAGAGCAUGACAAGGUUUUGGGCUAUGUUUGUGUUACAACAAAAGCCCGUUGUUUAAAGAUGAGAUUGUGUUAUUGUUAUAGUAUAAUGUAC